CCCAUCAUUGGUGUCAGUGGAAAGAAUCGUGUCCCAUCAUUGGUGUCAGUGGGAAGAAUCGUGCCCCAUCAUUGGUGUCAGUGGGAGGAAUCGUGCCCCAUCAUUGGUGUCAAUGUGAGGAAUAGUGACCUAUCAUUGGUGUCAGUGAGAGGAACAGUGUCCCAUCAUUGGUGUCAGCGGGAGGAAUAUGCCCCAUCGUUGGUGUCAGUGGGGGGGAGGAAUAGUGUCCCAUCGUUGGUGUCAGUGGGGGGGAGGAAUAGUGUCCCAUCGUUGGUGUCAGUGGGGGGAGGAAUAGUGCCCCAUCGUUGGUGUCAGUGGGGGAGGAAUAGUGCCCCAUCGUUGGUGUCAGUGGGGGGAGGAAUAGUGCCCCAUUGUUGGUGUCAGUGGGGGAGAAUAGUGCCCAUCGUUGGUGUCAGUGGGGGAGGAAUAGUGCCCCAUCGUUGGUGUCAGUGGGGGAGGAAUAGUGCCCCAUCGUUGCUGUCAGGGGGGGAGGAAUAGUGAUCCAUCGCUGGUGUUAGUGGGGGGAGGAAUAGUGCCCCAUCGUUGGUGUCAGUGGGGGGAGGAAUAGUGCACCAUCGUUGCUGUCAGUGGGAGGAAUA